AUGGGGAAGAUAUUUGUAGACGGACAGGUUUGACUUCCUGUUUUCCGUUCUGUCAAAAAGGACAAAGAACAUUCUCGCUGUGACAUUUCAACAACUUAUUUUAAAAAUUACUUCUUCAUCGCGUGACUGUUGAGUUGAUUUUAAAUGUGUAACUACAUCAUAUUAUAGCGUAGUAAUAUAGAGCAUUUAAGUAAAUGAAAGGUUCUCGAAGAUAUUGUUGGACACUUGAGAAAGUACAAGUCGAACCAUCCAUUUCUACCGCUUGUCCCCCUCGGGGUUGCGGGGAGCAGGAGCCUGUCCCAGCUGCACUCAGUGGGAAGGCAGUGUACACCCUGGACAACGGCCUGUUAUUUAGGGAUGUGGGGGUCAAUUCGUGUUCAAAGACUGGCACAGAGAGAAACUAUUCGACUGUGCUCCAGUAUCUCAAACAAGCCUUUAACAUCACCGACUGCCAAGUCAAAUUCACAUCUGCGUCUUCAAGCUGAGAAACAGAAGCGGAGAAAACAGAGGGAAAAUGCCAUAUUGUCAACUCAACACAAUAAAGCUGAUGAAGAACUUGUGAAAUGGACCGAGAAGGAGAGGAUUCUCUACACUGCUCAUAUACCGCCUGGGUCAAAGAAAGACACAACCUUGCCUCUCCCAUCCGUAUACAGUCCAGAUUAUGUGGAGUCCAGAUGGUAUCAGUGGUGGGAGAAAGAGAGAUUCUUCAGCCCCGAGCAGCAUACGAAAUUAUCUCAUGCUGUGGAUCAGAAUUUUGUGCUGUGUAUCCCUCCACCAAAUGUAACUGGGACUCUGCAUCUGGGACAUGCUCUGACUGUAGCUAUAGAAGAUGCUUUGGUUCGAUGGAGAAGGAUGCAGGGCCAGAGAGUAUUGUGGGUACCUGGAUGUGAUCAUGCAGGAAUAGCAACACAGACCGUGGUGGAGAGGAUGCUGCUCCGGGAAACUGGGAAACGGAGAAAAGACUUCACUAGAGAAGAAUUUUUAAAGGAGGUUUGGAAAUGGAAACAUGAGAAAGGAGAGGAAAUCUAUCAUCAGUUAAGGAAACUUGGUGCGUCCCUGGACUGGAGCAGAGCCUGUUUUACUAUGGAUGAAGAUUUCAGUAAGGCUGUUACUGAGGCCUUUGUCCGAUUGUGUGACGCAGAUUUGAUCUUUCGCUCAGAGGGACUCAUCAAUUGGAGCUGUGCCCUGGAGUCUGCAAUAUCUGAUAUAGAGGUUGAUUCAAAAGAACUAUCUGGGCAAACCAUGCUGUCUGUUCCUGGUUAUGAACACAAAGUAGAGUUUGGAGCCAUGUUUACAUUUGCCUACCCCAUAGAAGACUGUGGUGGAGAUGUGGCGGUGUCAACAACCCGUCCAGAAACCAUGCUUGGAGAUGUGGCCAUAGCUGUUCACCCUGAUGAUCCUCGAUACCAGAAUGUUCACGGAAAGUUUUGCCGCCACCCUUUUAUUGACAGACUGCUGCCAAUUGUCACUGAUACAAUGGUGGACAUGGAGCUUGGAACAGGUGCAGUGAAGGUUACUCCUGCUCAUGACCUCUUAGACUUCUCAUUGUCACAGAGACAUGCUCUACCACGCCUUACUGUGAUUGGAGAAGAUGGGAAGAUGACUCCACUAUGUGGUCAAUGGCUUAAGGGAGUGAAACGUUUUGAUGCUCGACAACUGGUAAUCGACGCUUUGGUUGAGAAAAAGCUGUUCCGGGGAAAAAAGGGUCACACCAUGACUUUACCCAUUUGCAGCCGCUCAGGGGAUGUCAUUGAGCCUCUUCUUAAGAAGCAGUGGUUUGUCCGCUGUCAGGAAAUGGCCAAAAAAGCUAUACAGGCUGUGGAGGAUGGACAACUGGAAAUCAUUCCACACUUUUACAACAAAACAUGGAAUAACUGGCUGUCCAACAUCAGUGACUGGUGCAUUUCAAGACAGCUUUGGUGGGGGCAUCGAAUCCCUUCUUACAGAGUGAAGCUUUCUGGUGUUAAAGAUGAACAGGAGGAAGAGUGGGUCUGCGGAAGGAAUGAGGACGAAGCCCGACAGCGAGCUACUAUCAAAUAUGGAGUGAAGCCAGAGGACAUCAGUCUUACUCAGGACCCUGAUGUUCUGGAUACAUGGUUCUCCUCUGGGCUGUUUCCUUUUGCAAUGCUGGGCUGGCCUCAGCAGACCAGUGACUUUCAACGCUUCUACCCCCACACCCUCCUGGAGACUGGCAGUGAUCUCAUAUUCUUCUGGGUGGCGAGGAUGGUGAUGCUUGGCACAGAACUGACUGGCCAGUUGCCUUUUAAACAGGUUCUGCUUCACUCUUUGGUGAGGGAUAAACAUGGCAGGAAAAUGACAAAAUCUUUGGGAAAUGUCAUUGACCCCCUGGAUGUCAUACAUGGAGUCUCAUUGGAGAAGCUCCAACAGAAAGUUAUGGAAGGUAACCUCGACCCCAGGGAAAAGGUGGUUGCCAUGAAAGCUCAGAGAAAAUACUUCCCUAAGGGGAUCCCUGAGUGUGGGACUGAUGCGCUGAGAUUUGCCCUCUGCUCUCAUAAGAUGCAGGGAGAAGACAUCAGUCUAUCAUUCUCCCAGGUCCUGAGUUGCAGGCACUUCUGUAAUAAAAUAUGGCAGACACUGAGAUUUACUCUGGGUGCACUUGGUGACACUGCACCUGUGGGGACGCUGGAAAAGACCGCUCCUUUGAGUAGCAUGGAUCAAUGGAUCUGCUCUCGACUAUACAGCACAGUAGAUCAAUGUGAGGAGGCCCUUGAAAAAUAUGAUCUGCACACUGCCACAGCUGUCUUGUACGCUUUCUGGGUCCACAACCUUUGCGACGUUUACAUGGAGAGUGUGAAGCCAAUGCUAAAGAAGCAGAAUGAGGAAGCAGUGGUGGCUCAGAAUGGCAGCAUAGGGAGAUCGGCACCAAGCGUCAUCCUCUAUCACUGUGUGUCCACAUCUCUGGCACUCCUCUCCCCAUUCAUGCCCUUCAUUACAGAGGAGCUGUGGCAGAGACUCAAACCCUUUCGAGCUGAAGCUGCAGCCCAGAGCAGCUUGUGUUUGCAGCCUUACCCUUCCUCAUCUCAAAUGAAACACUGGCAUUUCCCAGAAGUGGAGAGAGAUUUUCUGCUGGUUAGGGAAGUGAUCCGAGUAGCUCGCUCUCUUAGAGCGCAGUGUGGUAUGACCAAAGAAAAGCCUGACAUGUGGAUAGUGUGUUCACUCAGUCAGGCCGAGAUCCUUCUUUCCUUUGAAUCUGCUGUUUGGACUCUGAGCCGAGUCUCUCGUGUCAGUAUCUUCUGUCCUGAACAAGGAGAAAGCCUCCACUCUGUCAGCUCCACUCCCCCACCCAAAGGCUGCCUUAUUGGUGUGGUGGACCACAACUGUCAGCUGCACUUAUCUGUUCAGAGUGGCAUGAAUAUUGACAAACAAAUUGUCCAGCUCACCCAACGGAGUAGUAAGCUUGUUUCAAAGCUGGAGGAGGUCCGCUGUAAAGUUCAAGCUCCAGACUACCUGACCAAGGUCCCGGCACAAGUCAGGGAACAGAUGGACAAUAAGAUGUCAGCCUUCCAGCAGGAGUUGAAGAAUAUCAAGGAUCAGCUAAAGGUGCUCCAGGCGUUCAAAUAAUAUUCCACCAGCAAAUAUUGCACUAAUAGUCUUGACUAGUGUCGUAACAAUCAUAAGACAUCAAAUCCUGGUUGUAAUAGUAUAAAUGGUUCUAGAAGUUGUAAUAGUUAGUAUUAAUCAUAAAUAUAAAGUCCAUCCAUCCAUUUUCUACCGCUUAUUCCCUUUCGGGGUCGCGGGGGGCGCUGGCGCCUAUCUCAGCUACAAUCGGGCGGAAGGCGGGGUACACCCUGGACAAGUCGCCACCUCAUCGC